UUUGUACACCAAGCAGGCGGAUAGGCUGUACAGCGCUCUACAGAAGUAGCAUCUGGGAGGAGAGAACAAGCACUCAAAACCAUGCCCGAAUCUGGACACGUAGCCUACUGCAAACGACUCUUCGAAAUGACGCCUUAGUAGUAGAUUAACUAUGUGACCGCCAAGUGGAUUCGCUUUUAUAAUAAGACGCAACCUGUACGCAAAGUGUGUAGGCCAUAGUAUUGCCAAAGGGAUGAAUCCUCUCCUAUUUCGUGGAUGCUCCCUAACUGUAUCCGAUGGAUUUCCCCAGGAACGCUGCCUCGCUCGGCACCAGCAACACCACUGUUGCGGACAACAAUACUGGGACAGAUUUCAUGGAAGUGGUGACACUGAGCACGGUUCUGAUCGGCUUUGGUACACCGAACAGCGUCAGGAACUACACGAGUUCAGGCGCACACAUCCAACCACACACCCCCGUGAGGAGUACCGAGGGGAAUUCGGUCCUCCGUGGUAUAGCUGUAGCCGUGCAAGCGCUGUUGCUCCUUAUCAUUUUCCUUCUCUCCAGUUUGGGUAACUCUGCAGUGGUUGUAGUUAUAAUCAAACAUAGACAACUGAGGACCGUGACUAAUGCGUUCAUCAUGUCUCUCUCCCUAUCUGAUUUGCUGACGGCCAUUCUUUGUUUACCUUUUUCCUUUGUGAUGCUUUUUAGUAAAGAUGGCAUGUGGAUGUUUGGGGACCGUUUCUGCAUUGCAAAUGGUUUUUUCAACACUUGCUUCGGCAUUAUCUCUACCCUUACGAUGACGCUCAUCUCAUUUGACAGAUACUAUGCCAUUGUGCGACAGCCACAAGAAAAGAUAGGCAGGCGGAAGGCCAUUCAGCUGUUGGUAGCUGUGUGGUUGUCGGCGGUAAUUUUCUCCAUUCCCUGGUACCUGGUAUUACGAACAUCAGAGCAGCUGAUGGUUCACAAGAGGGGCUUCUACCAUUGCAUGUAUGUGUUCCACUCUGGCACAUCUCGAAUGGGAACUUCUUACAGCAUAUCUCUCAUUGUGGUGUGCUACCUCUUCCCCUUCGCCCUCAUGUGUUUUUGUCACUACAACAUCUGUAAAACGGUCCGCUUGUCGGAGAUAAGGGUGCGGCCAGUGACCACGUACGCACACCUGCUCCGCUUUUACAGUGAAAUGCGCACGGCCACCACUGUGCUCAUUAUGAUCGUGUUCAUCAUCUUUUGCUGGGGUCCAUACUGUCUCAUGGGAAUCAUCACCGCCUUGGGCAAUUAUUCGUUCAACCCGGCCAUGGACACGGUCGCCAUCUGGAUGGCCUGGGCGAACGGUGCCAUAAACCCGUUGAUAUAUGUCAUACGGAACCCUAACAUAUCCUUGCUGCUGGGUCGAAGUCGAGGGGAGGGCUACAGGACUAGAAACAUAGCUGCGUAUCUGUCAACCCAAACACAGAGCCGUGAGGUCAGAACGAGAGCAGAUCGGAUUCGGGACAGAUACGUGAGUAGGCACGGAGCCAACAGCAGGCUCUCCUCCUCGAGCCCGGCGAACGGGGGAGAGAUUGCCAUGUGGGCCUGCAAAAAUCCAGCCGUGUUCUUCUGUCGAGACGGCCAACCUGACACUGUGUCCGAACCAGCAGUGCCCAAAGUGGAGACCGCUGACACAAGUCUGUAGCCUAAUGAAACAAUUACAAUUUAUGUCGUUGACUGUCUGUUUACAUUUAUCAAAAAUGGGCAACAUUGAAUUUACUACUUUUAGCCAAUCCCAGAAGCUGGACUGAAGUGACUUGAAUUAACUUUAAGAUGACUGUGCCAAACAAUGAACAAAUCAACAAUUUAGCAUGUAUUUCAUUGGUAACUGUUUAUCACUCGAUAUAUUUUUGUGACGUGCCAAUAGGUGGUUAGGGAUUGGAUUCCCCAGCACUGUGAACUGAAGAGUUAGUUAGCAAUGCCCAAAUAUAAUAAAGCCUUGAAAAGAUAAGGAGAGGUAGCCUACAGGUUUUUUAAACAUGCCUUAGUAACUUGUUUCCAACUGUGUGUGUCAUAUUAGCUUCUGGUUCCUGAUAAGGUCAAAAUCAAGCAGGUAGUUAUCAAAUUCCAUCACACCCAUGUCAUUUCCAGUGUGCUGAAUUCAUAUCAAAUUAUUGUCCAGGGGGGAAACAAAGCCAAGUAUCAAAACAUGUUAUGUGAGAUAUAACACCAAAACUGACCAUCCCCAUAACCCUGUAGUUUAUUUGAAAUGCUUGUGAAUGAAUUGGGUUACAUGUUUACCUCUUACACGAUUGGUGACCUCUUUGUGUAGAGGAUUUUGUUGACAGUGCUGUGAUUCAUAAUUGAUCAAAGUCAUAGGACUAAAAUCUGACCAUGGAUUUUGAUGACAUGUAGGCCUACUCACUCACAAUGCAUGUCAUAAUUGCAACACCACAGCCUUUCCUCACAUUAGCCAAUGGAUCUGCUACAAAUGAAUUUGUGCAACUAUGUAAAUGUAUACUCUUUCACUGACAGUUUUGAACGAAGAACAGCCAAGUAAUGAGCUAGAACUGCUUGUUCCUGUAUGUAACACAGAGGACAAAUUAUGCAAAUACCAGUGUUCAAUUUAAUGAGAAAUUAUCAGCAUUUCAAAUAACACAAAGCUGGACAAAGCAGCAAUAACAGACAGUGAAAGAGUAUCACCUACACAGCUUGUAGGAAAUCUGCAGAGGAGACCAGAAAAGGGGACUGUUUUCAAUGCAAGGGUGCCAUGUAAGAAGUGACAUGUUAUUUUUCAUUAACAUUAUUUGUAAGCAUUGUCUUCAAGGGAAACGCAGUAUUUCUCAUGCAGAAUCAAACAAAAAAGCACAUAAUUUUCUUAACAUUUG